CAUCAUUUCGGUGACUUGUAAGCCGGUGACAGUGACUCCAACUAACUGACUGUCACUACCAAUGUCGCUGAAACAUUUCAAGCAUUCUACUAUCCCAUUUUGUGGAUUUAUCUGGGCAAUUGUUGGGCUACCGAUUCUAUAUAUUACUGCGAUUUCUUAUGACCAUGUGCAACCUGUGGUGCCAUACGUCAGCACACUCGGGAUUUACCCACCGGAAAAAUACAUGUUCCAAUGGUUGUUUACAAUAUAUCUCAUAUUGGCUACUUUCAGUCAAUGCCUAUGGUGCUCAAAGCUAAUGCAGACAUUAACAAAACGGUACAAAUCGAAAGUUCCAAUUCUUCUGACUCUUCUCGUUGGUCUAAUCAUGAUAGUAUCAGGGAUGUGCAUACUGGGACUCACUUAUAUUGAUACGAAGGAGGAUAAUCGAUCACACUAUCACCUGACUUUGCUCAAUUUCACAUGUCACAUUUUAGCCAUGACAAUCAGUGUCCCAGUAAUUAUUGUCACCUUUGACAGAUGGCUGUUCUUCUCUACCAUCCGACUGCUUCUUCUCAUUCAAAUGAUGUUUGCUGCUAUCGGUUUCACAUAUUACAACCGGAUUGGACUUGACGUUCUCCAAGCGAAGGAUUUCUAUUAUAUUAAAAGUUAUGAGCCCGGUUAUGAGGAGUUUAAAUGGAGUGCGAUUAGCGAAUGGUUUAUCGUUCUUGGUUGUGCUGAAUUCACGCUUAUCAUGGGACUGGAAAUUAAAGAAGCUGAAAAGUUCGAUCAUCUCUCAUCACAUAAAUUUAAACAAGAUGUACAAGUGGAAGUGUGAAAUACACUCAUUGAAUGUUUGGAAUUUGGUUACCUUGAGUAACACUCAAUGCUAUUCACUGGAUUUCUGUUGAUAAUUCAAUUUGUUUUUCAGCAUGUUGCAUUCUCAAUCGGACAAGACUUUGCUACAAUUAACUAUGUAGUCCUGUCAAUUUUUUUAUGACAAUUUUGUUUCUUUGAUUUCAUCUAUACAUGAUGAAAACUGAUAGAUAUUAGGAGUGAAGAACUUCACCAGUGUUUACCAUUAGUGAAUGAUGGAAUUAAAACGAUCGAGUGG